AUUUAGGUUUCCGAACGCUGACUCGUGCAGCUGUCGUCUUCGUAUUACUUGCAGAACGCUAUUGUACGCGGUAAUUAACGAAUUACUUCCCUUCUGUUGAACACGAUUAUUUCAAGAAGAUUUGCCGCCACUCGGAGUCCAAAAAAUGUUUCUGGAAAUUAUCCUGACGCUCGUCUUGCUGCUGCUCUUCUUAAUCGUACGAGACAGACGGCCUGCUAACAUGCCUCCAGGUCCCUGGGAGGUUCCCUUCCUCGGACGCGUACCUUUGCUGCUCGGCACUGACGCUCAGAAACUGCGAGAGAAAUACGGCGACAUUGUGACUAUGCGCACUGGGUCGCUGCGCUGCGUGCUGCUGUUCGACUUCAAGACCUGCAAGGAGGUGCUUGGGCGGGCCGAGUUCGCAGGGAGACCCGACGUCUUCAGGGACAUCACUUUGGACGAUCAAAAGACUGGAGGUAUCAUUGUGAGUCAAGGCACUCAGUGGACUCACGAGCGUCGCUUCGUGUUGCGCAGCCUCCGUAAUUUGGGCAUGGGCAAGAGUCGCCUGGAGGAGGCCAUCAUGCUGGAGGCCAAGGAGCUGGUGGACGACAUCAGGAAAUACGAAGGACGCCCAACUACAUUCCCCAACAGCUUCAUCACGUGCUCCUUGAACAUAGUGUGGCAGAUGGUGGCAGGCCGGCGCUACGAUAUCAACUCGUUGGAAGUGGACAAGCUUUAUAAAGCCAACAAAGCACUUCAAGAUACCGCGACGCCGUUAUUUUUCCUCCCAAUGUUCUUCCCGUGGAUGAGAAAGCUGCCGAAGUUUGUGCGAAAUUUGUUGUUUAAAGAGCGCCUGCUCGACGACUUCAUCAAAUACCGCCAGCAGAUGGUCAACGAGACGAUCGAGGAACACGAGCGGCGCGACGUCGACGCUCUCGACCACGCCGAAGACCUCAUCACCGCCUACCUCCAGGGGAUGAAGGAGGGGGGGCCGGACAACCUCUUCAGGAAAGGCAGUCUCAUGCAGGUCAUCGCAGACCUGUUCUCAGCAGGUUCAGACACUGUGAGCUCAUCGCUGAAGUGGGUGGCGUUCCUGUUGGCGCGAUAUCCUGACGUGGCAGAACGACUGCGGCAACAGAUAGACGACGUCGUCCCAAGGGACGAAACCGUGUCGCUUCUGCAUAAGCCUAAGUUGCCGCUGCUGGAGGCCUUCAUCACUGAGAUGCUGCGCUUCUCUUCCCUCCUGGAGCUCAACCUCCAGCACUCUGCUCUUCAGGACACCAGCAUCCUGGGCUACUUCAUCCCUAAGGACACGUCCAUCACGGUCUGCAACUACUCCAUCCACUUCGACCCGCAAUACUGGAGGCACCCGCACGAGUUCCUCCCUGACCGCUUCCUCGACCCCGCCGGUAACUUCGUCGCGCCCAGGGAAGGCAUCUUCGCUUUUGGCCUCGGCAAGCGUCAGUGCGUGGGGGAGGCGCUGGCCCGAAUGGAGCUCUUCCUCUUCACCGCCGCCCUCGUCCAGAACUUCGACAUCCGCGCGCCGCGGGGCGUCACCCUCACCGACGAGACCGUCAACAGGAUGGGCGUCAGGUGCCCUCUGGACAAGCAGCUCUGCUACGUACCGCGAGGGUAGGACGGGCGUCAGGUGCCCUCUGGGCACCUGAUCUGGAUCAGGUGCCCAGAUCUGGACAAGCAACAUACCGCGGUCCGCGGGGGUAGAACGAAAUAGCCGUAAAGUUUGAUGGCAAUUUGCAAAUGUUUCAUUUUCUAAUCAUGCAUUUAAAACAGGAAGCGUUGCUACAUACUGCGGGAAAAAGCCCGACUAAGAAUCAACUGCGGUGGAUAUUUUGCGCGUAUUUUAUUUUUGCAAUUCUGUGCUCUGAAAAAGUGUCCUUUUCUGCGUCCUGACGCCUAAAGAGGUUUAUCAUAUCCUUAUAUUAUGUAGUUCUAUUAAUUUCUGGAACUAAACAAAUUUAUUCUUCAUCGUAAAAAUAAUUUUAAUCUAUCACUUGGACUUGUUAUGUAGUUGUAUGAUUAAUUUGGGUGAUGGUAAUUUAUUGGACUAAUAUUGAUAUUCAGUGUUAUGAGAGCACCGCAAACAUGUUGAAUAGAGCAUAACGCCUCUGCAUUGUUAUCUCGUGCGUGACAUUCACUGCGUCAGGAACAUGCGUCAUUGGCCUGCGUAAACGCAUACACGAACCUCAUCCAAGCCACGUUUAUCGAGUCGGGCCAUCAACUCCUAUUAUAAAAUUUUCUUCAGAUACGUUAUCAUCGUACACGUAUUUUUUUGGCCAAAUACUAAUAUCACACGUUGCAAUGCACCUGAACUAGCAGUCGCUUUGCACUAGGCACGUGCAAGUUUUCUCGAUGUUUAUUUACACCGCGAAAACGUUUGGCUGUUGACGCCCGUUAAGAACUCAAGAACGAGUGUCGAACGCGUUUUCAUUCGCUCGCUUGUUAACCGUGAACAAUUAUUAUGUUAACAAUUGUUAUUUUUGUUUUUGGUGUAAUAUGCAGCGUCCCGCAGUACCUUGCACGUGUUUAUUUUGUGGUAAAAAAACUGCAAGGAGUGACGACGAAUGUAUUAAUACUCGCUCACACCAGUGAAAGCCCAUUGUACCACUUCAGGUAUCACAAUAACUUAAGAUUACUUUUGUGUUGAGUUUAAGGCUUAAAUUGUGAUCGCAAAGACCUAUCAUCAUUGAACAUCUUGUACAGCGCAAUUCGCAAUGUUUGCACUUUUGCUCCAAGCUAAGCUCUGUUGAUGAAAUUUAAAUCUACGACUUAUCCAAUGACGACUACGACUUAUACUUAUCCUGCAAUGCAGAGUGUGGUCGAGUAGCGUUCCGGCAAAUACAUUACUGAGUAUUGUAAUAAAUUUGUAUUGUUUAACUUGGUGCUCUAUGUACAAAAGCAUUUGCAAACCUCAUAUAUUAUCUGGUUGAAACCAGCACUCAACUUCCUCUUGAUAUCCGUGUUAUUGAUACAAUUACUGCCUGUUGCUGUCUUUAAAGGCUUAACUGAUCUAAUGAAAUACCGUCGACUGAGAUCAAAUACACUGAACCAGUUCCUCAGCUGAUCCAGAUCUUGCUGGCACCAGCGCCUCAGCUGAUCCAGACCUUCCCGGCACCAGCGCCUCAGCUGAUCCAGACCUUCCUGGCACCAGCGCCUCAGCUGAUCCAGACCUUCCUGGCACCAGCGCCUCAGCUGAUCCAGACGUUCCUGGCACCAACGCCUCAGCUGAUCCAGACCUUCCUGGCAACAACGCCUCAGCUGAUCCAGAUCUUCCUGGCACCAACGCCUCAGCUGAUCCAGACCUUCCUGGCACCAGCGCCUCAGCUGAUCCAGACCUUCCUGGCACCAACGCCUCAGCUGAUCCAGACCUUCCUGACACCAGCGCCUCAGCUGAUCCAGAGAUCCAGGUCCUCUUGGGAUGCCAGUUCGAGCUGCGGGAGUCCAGUUGU